CUCCCACUCCUCAGUCUGCUCUGCAUCCUUCCACAGGACUGCAGCGAAUCCAGUGGAGCUGACGGGACUACUAAAACACAACAGCAACACAACAUGUACAAGGAGCUUAGGAAGGGAAAGAAGGAAAAAGUCAACGAGGAGGAAGAAAAAAAAAGCUAAAUAUAUUUUGGAUGUCUGUAUUGUUGCGCCUCUGUGGGAUGCGGGAUACGCAGCAUCACUGGUGUGCAGGUUCUGAUAAGCCCAAUCGAUGAUGGACCUCCUCUCGGUUCGCUAGAUUUGCGGACAUGGUGAGUCAGAUGCAACUCUUGGCGGGCUUAAAAUGGACUGCUGCUCUUCGUGGGUGAAGCGCACGACGUUUUGCAACUACUUGGCAUUGGAGGAGCUUCACUUCGCGCCGAGAGGGGAAUGAGAAGCUCACUAAAAGAUCACCUGGACUACUCUUGCUCUUAUUUCAUGUGUUUACCUCUCAAGGAGGCAACACUUGUCUACUUGUCUGGAUUCUGCAGUCAGUGAGACUCACCGCAUGGACUAGCCUACCUCCCCUUCCCUUGCUCAUCCAAUCGGCAGUCAGAAUGCAGUCCAGAUGCAUGCACGGACUUGCGUCUGCACAAUAGGUGUCAACUGGACUUGAAAGCCAAUGCAGCAUUGCACCAGGCUAAUUCCUUACCAGAGGUGCUGCCGAGAGGAGACAUUACAUCAAGUCUGUAAGCUGAAUCCCAUUUAGCAGAAUCUUCAACACGUUUUGGGCGGAGCUGGUGGCACGUACCGUAUUUGUGCUUGUGAGAUGAGGAGAAGCUAAGUGGGCAACCACAACCACUGACGUCUGACAGCCCGGUGCGCGGAAAAAUGGACUAGAAGCCCUGCAACUCCGGAGAUCAAAGGUGGCUGUGACAGGGGCACCCCCGGGGCAGGACCCAUGAGGAGUUAUAGAAGAUGCUCACUGUCUGGGCGCUUCUGCUCUUCUUAGCCAUGUGGGUGACAAGCACCUCUGGUGGCCCGCUCUCCUUCAGAAUAGCUGCCAUCCUUGAUGACCCGAUGGAGUGCAGCAGAGGGGAGCGUCUGGCCAUCACACUGGCCAAAGACAGCAUCAACAGGAGCAGCAAUCGCUCCACCACAGGCAAGCUGGAGGUGGACAUCUUUGAGCUGCUCAGAGACAGCGAAUAUGAGAUGGGGGAAACAAUGUGCCAAAUCAUGUCCAAAGGGGUGGUGGCAGUCCUUGGUCCCUCUGCUAGUCCGGCCUCCAACUCCAUCAUCAGCAAUAUCUGCGGCGAAAAGGAGGUGCCCUACGUGAAGGUGGCUCCAGAAGACAUUCUAAAGGUGCAGUUCCCUCGGUUCACCACCCUGGACCUGAGGCCAACCAACUCGGAUGUCAGCCUGGCUGUAGCAAGCCUUCUCACCUUCUUUAACAGCACCGCCGCAUGCCUCAUCUGUGCACAGGCCGACUGUUUAUUGAACCUGGAGCAGCUCCUGAGGCAGUUCCUCAUUUCCAAGGAGACGCUGUCAGUGCGCAUGCUCGACGACAGCCAGGACCCCACGCCACUCCUGAAGGAGAUACGAGACGACAAAACCGCCACCAUCAUAGUCGACGCCAAUGCCACCAUGUCCCACAUCAUUCUGGAGCGGGCAUCAGAGCUGGGAAUGCUGUCAAUCUACUACACGUAUAUUUUCACCUCUCUGGAAUUCUCCAUGCUGCAAUUGGAUGAUGUGGCGGACCAGCGGGUCAACAUUGUGGGUUUUUCCGUUUUCAACCAAGCGCAUCCAUUCUUCCAGGAUUUUGUGCUAAGCCUCAACCGCUCCUGGCAAGAGAACUGUGAACAUGUUCCUUUCGCUGGCACACCGCUUUCUUCGGCUCUCCUCUUUGAUGCCGUGUACGUGGUGGUGGCAGCGGUCCAGGAGCUGAACCGUAGCCAAAAUGUAGGUGCCACUCAGCUCUCCUGCAAGUCCUCCAAAAUCUGGGAGCACGGCACCAGCCUCAUGAAUUAUCUUAGGAUGGUAGAACUGGAAGGGCUCACAGGCCACAUUGAAUUCAACAGCAAAGGACAACGCUCCAACUACGCCCUGAGGAUCAUGCAGAGCGGCAGGGACGGCCUAAGGCAGAUUGGCUUGUGGCACUCUGAAGCGGGACUGUCGAUGGAGAAAACGCUGCCAUCCAUCAACGUGACGGACACCCUCUUCAACACGACUCUCACCAUCACAACAAUACUGGAGAAUCCCUAUGUGAUGCUGCGGCCCAAUCACCAGGACCUGGAGGGAAAUGAGCGCUAUGAAGGCUUCUGUGUGGACAUGCUGAAGGAGCUGGCAGACAUAUUGAAGUUCAAGUAUCGCAUCCGGCUGGUGGGGGAUGGACUUUAUGGAGUCCCUGGAGCUAACGGAACAUGGGCUGGCAUGGUUGGAGAGCUCAUUUCGAGGAAAGCUGACUUGGCAGUGGCUGGCCUCACCAUCACAGCAGAACGUGAGAAGGUCAUCGACUUCUCCAAACCCUUCAUGACCCUUGGUAUCAGCAUCAUGUACCGCGUCCACCUGGGUCGUCGACCGGGUUACUUUUCCUUCCUUGACCCCUUUUCCCCCGGUGUGUGGCUCUUCAUGCUGCUGGCCUACCUGGCCGUGAGCUGCGUCCUCUUCCUGGUGGCCAGAUUGACGCCUUACGAGUGGUACAACCCCCACCCCUGCCUAAAGGGCCGCUGCAACCUGCUCAUCAACCAGUACUCCCUCGGCAACAGCUUGUGGUUUCCCGUCGGAGGCUUCAUGCAGCAAGGGUCCACCAUUGCCCCCAGGGCUCUGUCCACGCGCUGCGUCAGCGGAGUGUGGUGGGCCUUCACAUUGAUCAUCAUCUCCUCCUACACCGCCAACCUGGCUGCCUUCUUGACAGUUCAGAGGAUGGAGGUGCCCAUCGAGUCAGUGGAUGACCUGGCCGAUCAGACGGCCAUAGAAUACGGCACCAUGCACGGGGGCUCCACCAUGACCUUCUUCCAGAACUCUCGCUACCAGACCUACCAGCGAAUGUGGAACUUCAUGCACUCCAAGCAGCCCAGCGUGUUUGUGAAGAGCACAGAGGAGGGCAUUGCGCGCGUCCUCAACUCCAACUACGCCUACCUGCUGGAGAGCACCAUGAACGAGUACUACCGCCAGAGGAACUGCAACCUGACGCAGAUCGGCGGGCUGCUCGACACCAAGGGCUACGGUAUCGGCAUGCCACUGGGCUCAGUGUACCGGGACGAGUUUGACCUGGCUAUCCUCAAGCUUCAGGAGGACAAUCGCUUAGAAAUCCUCAAAAGGAAGUGGUGGGAUGGUGGCAAGUGUCCAAAGGAAGAGGACCACCGGGCCAAAGGUCUGGGCAUGGAGAACAUCGGCGGCAUCUUUGUAGUGCUGGUGUGCGGCCUGCUGGUGGCCAUUUUUAUGGCAGUGCUGGAGUUUGUGUGGAUGCUGAGACACACGCCCGGAAGUGAGCAAUCGGUAUGCGAGGAGAUGCUCCGCGAGCUCCACGGCAUUGUACUGUGUCACGACAGCCUGCAGGUGAGACGCCGCCGGAACCCGUCCGUCCUGCGGCCGCGCCCCCUGCCCCCCCAGGAGGAGCGCCGGGCGCGAGCAGCCGCCGUCAGCCUGGCCAACGGCAAGCUGUGCGCCGGCACCGGACUGCCCGAGCCGCUCUCCCACAGACUGGCUCAAGAGGCCGCCCUGGUGGCCAGAGGCUGCAGCCACAUCCGCAUUUGCCCCGAGUGCCGACGCUUCCAGGGACUCAGAAUGCGACCCGGCGGGGGCCUGCAGUCCCCGACGCCUAGCGAGGAGAGCAUAGAGUGGGACAAGACGACAAAUAGCAGCGAACCUGAAUGACACCCACUUUGCUGACAUGCUUCUUACUGCUUUUUUUGGCCCGAACUCGGGAACGAAAGUACUGACUGGUCUUUUUUUGGAAUCUCCUGGGGCUGAUUUUUUUUCCUUGCUCAUAGGAAAAACUGAUGAGUGUGUCUCAUGCUGGCCCUCAGUGCUCUUUCAAACAGGACACACAGAGGACAAACGACCAGGGGCCAUUUGUACUAUGCAGUCAUUUAUCAUUGUGCUGUUUCUUUAUUUCCCUCCCCACCUUUUUAAAUUAUUCCUGUCCUCUGUUGGAUUAUCAGCACUGAAUAUUGUUGUUAUAUUGUUCUUGGGAAAAGAUGACAUUA